AUGCUGUCCCGCGCCAGUCUCCAAUGCCUUUUGAGCAUCUCCACCGAUCCUGUUUUGAGAAAUUACGUCGAGGAAGUGGCUAUCGGACCUGAGCACGUGAACGGAUACAUGGCUAUUUGGAAGCUAAAUAAUUGCAAUUCUAAAGAGCAGGCGGAAGACUGGCCCAAGACGUACGGGCCAAAGCACGCAAAGCUUGUUAAAGAGCAGGAAGAGUUCGAUGCCAGCGACGAAGCAGUGGAGAUGUUGAAGUCGGCACUGCGAGGUUUCCCGAACUUGAAGCAUGUACGCAUUGACUCUUACCCGAAAGACUCUUACCCGAGGAAAGACGAUGAUGCUGCUGCCUGGACUGAGGCUUGGGGCUCGAAGCGCGUCCUUCGCGAAAUGGGCUGGGGGGCCUACGGACAUUGGGCUAGCCCUCAAUGGGCACUUCGCAACGAAGGAGACUCCUGCCGCGGUAAGCUACAUGGCCACAUCGCCAAAGUGCUCUCGGCGCUGCGAGGUAUCGAAGAUCGCAAAGACUGGACUCUGGAAGUCGCACUGCAUACGAUGGUAUUGCGUUACGAGAAACAACCGUUCGAUAUCUCGAGCUCCGAUUGGACACGUGUUCAGCACCGUGUUACACACUUGAAGUUCAUCCGGACAUUGGAAAUCUUUGAGAAGUAUUGGAUCAUGUUGUUGCUGCAGUCCGUCAGCGGUAAUCUCAGGUCACUUACGUUGCGUAACGAGAAUGUGCCCACCUUCCUUCGAUACACCCAGUUCCCUACUCUCACGCACCUCGACAUCCGUAGUAGUCCGAUAGCAUCACCUCUUUUCAAGAGGGUUCUGUUCAAGCACCGAAAAACCCUGCAGAGCCUUCACCUUUGUGGCUUGAAUCUGUAUGGUUGGUUUGACGACGAAGAUGCAUUUGAGCCCUCCGACUUUGCGGAUGUCGAAGAUUCUGAUUCCGACGAGGAUGGAGUGGUUCAAGAGGUCAAUGGACGAAAGCUGAAACCGGGACUCGUCGAGCUAAAAGAUGCAACCUGGUUUACGAUCUUCAAGCAGUUGACGAUGUCUCCUUGCCUGACAAGCGUUCGAUUCGCCAGACUCUCUCAAUACCAGUCCCGUUUCAACAAUAUACCACAACUCGGCAGGUAUACCACCGACAAUGUAGCUGAGCAUCUCACCGGCGGCUUCUCGCUUGCAGCUGAAGGAGAUGAGGUAGUAACAAGCCUGGAUCGCGCUGUGAAAGAGCGCAUCGCCGUUGAAAUGUUAGACAGACAUACAAGCGACAAAAUUUGGUUCUCCGAUGGGUGCUCGGAGGACUGGGAUGCUUAG